AUGUCUGCUCUGGGCUUUGCCGUUGGCCUGAGAAACGUCUGGCGGUUUCCGUACCUGUGCUACCAAAAUGGGGGCGGCGCGUUCCUGGUUCCGUACUUCAUCUUCCUGCUGGUGCUGGGGAUACCUUGUUUUCUGCUCGAUCUGGUGCUGGGCCAGUUCAGCGCCAUGUCACCCAUUGCCGGCUACGCCAACUUCGCUCCCGCCCUGAAAGGUUUCGGCUUUGCGAUGAUUUUUGCCAACGCAAUCAGCUCCUGCAACUUCACCAUAGUGAUAGCGUGGUGCCUGUACUACCUGUACCUUAGCAUGGCCAGCGACCUGCCGUGGCAGUACUGCAACAACGAGUACAACACCGCGGCGUGCUUUAGCCGGAAUGCGUUCGACGCAUGCCAGUCGGAGAACGCUAAUGGCAGCUGGUGGAUCUACAACCACGGCCAGUGCAUUCACAAUCGGAGCCAAGCGAAGCAGCUGCACGUCAACCAGACGAUCCCACCAGCAGAAAGGGUUUCAGCUCCUGAGGAAUACCUGGAGCGUCGGGUGCUGAAGCUGAGCAGCGGCGUGAGCGAGCUGGGCAGCAUCCAGUGGGGGCUAGCUCUGGCCGUGUUAGCUACCUGGCUGGUCAUCUUCGCCACGCUCAGCAAGGGCAUCAAGUCCUCCGGCAAGGUGGUUUAUUUCACAGUCAUCUUCCCGUGCGUGGUAUUGGUAGUCCUGUUCGUCCGUGGCAUCACGCUGCCAGGUGCCAUGGACGGCAUCAGCUUCUACAUGUCACCUGACUUCAGCAAGUUUCAUGACAUUCGCACAUGGGAGCUGGCCGCUUCACAGAUGCUCUUCUCACUGAGCGCCGGCAGUGGCGGCCUCAUGACCUACGCCAGCUACAACAGGUUCAACAACAACGUCAUACGGCAGCUCCGCCAGCGCAGGCAAUUCUCCAACGCCGGCAGCUCCUCCAGCGCUGGCGGCCCCUCCAGCGCGGUUAACUCCGCCAGCGCCGGCAGCUUCUUCAGAGCCGGCAGCUCCGCUAUCGCCAGCAGCUCCGCUACCGCCGGCAGCUCCUACAGUGCCGGCAGCUCAGCUAUCGCCGACAGCUCCUCCAGCGCCGGAAAAUCCUCCAAAGCCGGCAGCUCCGCUAUUGCCGGCAGCUCCUCCACCCCAGGCAGACCCUCUACCGCCGACAGCUUCACUAUCGCCGGCAGCUCCGCUAUCACCGGCAGCUCCUCCAGCGCCGGCCGGUGA